GUCUCUCCACUUGUAUAUUCAGCGGCCACCCUCGGUCCCUCACGCAGGUAAACAAGCCUCGCCGCGCAGGGUUUGAACACUGCCGAGUAUGACAUUUCCUCCUCAUAAAUCGACUGGUCAUCCACAUAAUCACUUGGCUUCAUAGCAGUGGCAGGAGGUGGUCAUCAUGGGUGACAGAAGCUUACCUCCCAAGGUGGAGGGUCAUCCUCAAGGCCGCCUUGAUCUUAUUUUUGGGAGGCCAGCUGUGUUUCCUCCAGCACAACCCUCACAGUCUUUCAUAUUCACAUUCAGGUGGUGGGGUGACAGCCAACCAUGUAUUUUAAGGCUGCCUCCAGAAAAGAGCGAAACAAGAAUAACUCACAUGGUCACCUGCAGCCCUCACUCCUUCCGUCAGUACCUGAGUGACAUGAGGAAUAUGCAUGUGAGCCUCAAAAUUGGUGGAGAAGGAUGCACAGAUGCCUCACAAGACAAUCAAGAUAACUUUGAACAGCUAAUGCGGAGUCCAAGGCGAAUGGAAGGAGAAACCCCACGACAGAGACUUCUUCGUCGUCAACAGAGGCUCAAGAAAGGCUGGCAGGAUGGAGAUGUAGUGGGCAGUUUUGUUCUACCAGAUCUGAAACUCAAUGCUCGUGGGGAUUAUGUGAGUGAAGGAAGAAUAUUAGAUGCCUCAGGUGACAUGGUUGGAUCUGUUGUUGUGACAAUGGUGUUUCUUGAAGGAACCCUUGAAGAUUUCCAGCAGAUAAAGAUCCAGAGUGAAGAGGUAGUUUCUCCCCAGCCUAGUGUCUCCCCAGAAAAGAUGGACAAUGGCACAGGAAAGCCUCGUGUGUCCAGUAUCCCGGUGCCAGAAUCUCGCCUCAGCAAGACUCAAAAAACUCCAACACAGGAAGGCUUCAGACAGAGGAGCUGGAGUUUUAGAGAAUCGUUUAGACAAAAGUGUGACAAGCUGAAAUCACCUAAAAAACAACAGCAGCAGCAGCAGCAGCAGCAGCAGCAGCAGCAGCAGCAGCAGCAGCAACAACAACAACAACAACAACAACAACAACAACAACAACAACAACAACAACAACAACAACAACAACAACAACAACAACAAUACUUGCAGCAACAAAGACAACAACAACAACUACAACAACUACAACAACAGCAACUACAACAGCAACACCUAUUACAGCAGCAGCAGCAACAACAACAACAGCAUAUUUUUGACUACGGAGGAUUGGAGAAAGAGAACCAGGCACCAUACAGGAGGAGGACCAGCAGCUUCAAUAGGAGCAGAGGAAGAGAAGGAUCAACAUUACAAGAAAAUGUAUCCCUGAGGAGGACCAGCUACCAUGAGAGUCAUUUGCAGCAGCCCAGCUAUUCACAUUCAGUAGAAGAGAAUGUUAGCAUGAAGCACACAGAAAUGAUGAGGCAACACGAUUCUUCACACAUGAGGUCACAGGAUGGUAAAAACAUGGAGGUAGGCAGGAGUCCUCAGCUACCUCAUCGAGCCAUACCUCAAAAAGUGACAUCAAAGAAUUCCCAGGUAGUAGAAGACACCAUCCCCGUAGUUCGGAGAGAGAGGAAGCCCCAGGAGGGCAUCCUUGACAGGGCACGGCCAGCUAGCUGGGGUCUGUAUUCGCUGCUUAAUGGAGCAGAUCCUCACUCUUUAGUUGAUUCAGGAGCAGUGAGGGCUGAGGAACUGCCCAUUCUCCUCAAAGUAUUGGAAGGACGCUCCCCCAACAUUGACCUCUCCAACUUUGAUCCAAAGACACAAAAGCUACUGGAUGGCCUUGACCUUUCCUUCACAUCAAGUGGUGUCAAUGGCCUAUCCCCUGGAAAGUUUACCUUUGGCACCAAGGAGUCAAGCACAACAAAUAGAGAUCAUGCUUUCAGUGUAUUUCAUAAGGGAAGACAAAGCAAUGAGGGGGAACCAUCUGGUGUUUCUGGGGUGUGGCCAUUGGAAGAAAGCAAACCAGGGCAAGUUGAGGACAUCACCCAACACCCCCCUACAGUAAUCCCUAAGAAGGUUCGGACAAAUGAAAACAACAAAUUUGACUCACCAAAGAAGACACUGCCUGUCCAGUCAAAGAUUCCAAUGAACCAUGGUGGUAGGACUCCAGUGAAGGCCUUGAGACCCCCCACCUCCAGGACAGGACCAGAUAAGAAGCUGUUCUCUGCCUCAAAUGUCUCUGCUAUGUCCUCAAGGGAGAAUGAGGAGGCAUGGGACCAGAUGGAGAAGAUAGUUGCUGAUAAAUAUCCAAUAGAUGAGGAGUCAGUGUUAGUAGUGGAUAUUGGCACCCUCACACUCUCCCCAUCUCUCCUGCCCCCCACACCCCCAGAGAUGAAGAAGAAGGUUACUGGUGUACGUGUGCUGCACCGGAGCCGAGUGUGUUACUUGACCACCCUAGAUGUGAGUCUGCCAGCACUGGAGCCACCCUCAGAGUGGGACCUUUCACAAACCUGUGCAUCACGCCAGCUGGUGGAUCACGAGGUACGCUACAAUGUGCGUGAAGUGUUGAAGCUUCCUCCUGUCCCAGCAGCAGAUAUUCUCAAGGGUCACCUGGUUAUUAAGUGUGUGUGUCGACGCCUGGGUGAGAGAGAGAAUGAGGACGUUGGCAGCUCCAGCAUCAAUCUUUUGGAUCUGUGGCAGCUGAAUGGCUCUCAAGUAGAGGUGCCACUGUUCUCCACACCUCCUUAUGGAUCCCUCACUCGCAGGCUUGGCAGGAAGGCCAGAAUGAAGGAAGAGGAAGGUGACAAGCCUCAUUCCUUUGCUCACAUAACCAUGACCAUCAAUUUAACAUUGUCUUCUGGUCAGGGAAGAGAUAAGGAUCAAGGACCACAUCAAAUAGAGUCCAGGCAGAGAUCUCACACUCCUGUGUAUGCUUGGAAUGGGGAUGGUGGAGAGCAUUCCUUUAAAGUCCAGGAUGAAAAAUUGUUCUCCAAGAAAUUCAGUGAGAGGGGCAUCCUGAUGUCCUCAAUGGAUUCUUCAUCUGGCUCAGAUUUGAGCGAGUCCAGGUACUCUUUUGCAGAAGCUGGACAGAUCAGCCAAUAUUCAAAACCAAAGAUAGUGAUACCCAGCUACCAAAAAUGCACUGAAUCUUCUGAAUUUAAUUCCAUUUACCUGCCAACUCAUAUGAGUCCUAGUGACAAAAUUAGGAGAGAUGAAAUGCACUGCACAGGGAUCCCAGAAGUGACAGGAAGUGGGGACGGCCUCCUGGGCCCCCCAUACAGUCCCAGAAUUGCACAGUCCAUGGAGCCAGGCUAUCAAGGCUAUCACAGCUCUUUUCUCUCAGUUAUUAGUGAAUAUAAUGGCUCAAACAACAAGCCUGUGGAAAGUGGGGGAGAGUCGCCCUGCAUUACAACAACAUCUGACUACUGUGCUGAUUUUAUUGGUUACAAUACAUUAGGCUGGCAGUCUGGCAUGGAGGGAAGGAGAGAAGACCAGAGAGGGUGUUGCCGUGUUCACCUGGAGAUUUUGAAGGGCCGCAAUCUGCCGUGGAUAGAGGGAAGUGACGGCAUUCCACAGCCUCCAAAUUGCUAUGUGAGGACCAAUGUUGGCUCCAUGACUGUCCUCACUAAUAUCUGCAGGGAAUCUGUUAAUCCCAUGUGGAACUUUGCUGCUGACGUGUUGCUGCCAUAUUCCCAACUGGCUCAGACCAAUGGGAGCCUGAUUUUGAAGGUGCACCACAGCCAUGCACAGCAGAGGACUUCCCCCGAGGACCUGCUGCUGGGUUUUGUCUCGGUGGAUGCCACAUCCAUCUGGAGUGGCCACGUCUCCCUGUGUGGCUGGUACCCUCUCCUGGACCUCAGGGGCUCAGUGCGGGGACAUAUCAAGGUUUCUCUUACUCCACAUGAGCCACCAUUGAAUGUGGCAGUAACCAAUAUCAGGCAGCCAGUCCAGCCACACAAUUGUGGUGUGCCUGUGAAUCAGCACCACCCCACACAUCGCUAUGCUCAGUGCUCAGAUCCACAUGGACAUGCAGAGUCAGUGUACUUCAAGGGAGAUGGUGUUUGCAACUCUGUCAUAAACUCUCAAACACAAACUGCAGGUGCCAUACCUCAGUUCACUACAAAAAAUCAAAGAGAACUCUAUAAUCAAAACCUUCAAGGUAGUAAAGACUUUUCUUCUUCAUUUGAAGCUAAUGGGGAAAUACUCUCUCAAGCUUCAGAAUCCUCUGAUCUUUAUAAACCUGCCAGUAGUGAAAAGGAAGAUGACUCUCCUAAUAAGAGUAAGGGAGAAAAGACACAGACUGGAAGCCGCAAAACAUCAUCCAUUCCAGUGUUUUCUUCAAAUAAGAAUAGUUUGAAGUCACCUAGACCUGAAGAAAAAGUUAAAGUUCAAAGUAGUUUACCAAAGGUUGAUUAUAAAGACAAAGAAAAUGUUCAACCUACUACUGAGGUUAUCAGCCAAAGUUAUUGUCGACACAAGGGUGCCAUUGUUGUGAAGGGCCUGACCAAAGAGUGCAGCCAAGACUCUCAUCACCUGGACACAGGUUCAAGGUCCUCCAAUGAUACAGAUUCCAGUCAUCACCAGAAAGUGUUGAAGGAAGGUCAAGACCCAUCAUUGAUAAAAGAUUCCAUAAUUGUAUCCCACUUCAGAAUGCAAAAAGAAAGAGAUGAUGGAGGAGAGGAGUUGCCCAGCAGAGUAGUCCUUGCUAAUAAACCUGGACCAGUCCAAAAGGCAAUGAUGUCCAGCAGUGGCAGUGACAAUUCUCAGAGUGAUAGCCAACAUUCAACAACAGACUCAAAGUCCUCCUCUCAAUCCAGUAACAAGCCAAGCUCUUGUCUAAAAGCUCCCGGUAGUCCCUCACUCAGAGUAAAGCAUGUGACCUUUGCCCACAAAUUAGUCCAUCACCAGAAUGGUGAUGCAAAACUUCAGUCUCACUUCUCACAAGGUGAAGUGAGCUGGAGGUCACAGCAUACAUCACUGACCAGGCAAGAUGCUGUGUCACCAAGAAACCUAAAUCACUCUCAUUCUCUCAACUUGGAAGGAUCCGACCUGCAGGUAGUACCAUGUCGGGAGGGUGACUCCCAGGCACACACUACUACAGCCAAUGCCCAAGGAGGCAUCACAGUGAAUGGCUAUGACACAUCGAGAUCCCAUGACAGAACAAAGGAAGACCUAAUUAUGGCUUUUUCUUGGAUGAAUCAGAGUAAUGAGUGUGAUACUCCUUGUGUUUCUUUUAUUGAAUCAAAAGUUCCAAUGCAGAAUAAUGUUGAUUCUAAUGGCAUGUGCAGUUCCACUUCGCCACCUGAAGAAAGGAUGGGUGCUCCCAGCCCAAGCAGCUCAACUUCACCAAAAAAAUCAAGAAAACUCAGAAGUAGAAUAGCUGCAAAUUUUACUUUAAAGUAGUAUUUUUAGUUUUGAUAAAUAAAAUAUUUCACCUAUUUCUCUUCUCAUCAUAAUCAUUAGAUAUCUUGGCGUCCCCUUCGGGAGACCUCAUAGAGGAUGACUAUGGCAGAAAUGCCCUCCAGGAUGCCCUUUCCUUCCAUCAUCAAUUCCAUAGCAAAGGAGUAUUUUAUUGAAAAAGAAUAGUAUCCUUUUUUUUAAUAUUCUACACUACUACCAAACAUUUUGAGUAACUGGUCUUCCUUUGUUGUCAGGAUGUAUUCACACCUCAGGGUAUUUCUCCUUGUCCAUUAAGCCACACUUUCAUUCUCAUUAUUUCCUAUUCCUUCUUCCUAAAUCUUUCUAUACUCCUUACAGUUACAACCUAUGUAAGAAAGUGCAUGUCUGAGCUUUGACUAAAUCCUUUCAUUUGUUGUCCCUGACUUUGUGCUAGAGGGACAGUCUGGCAGCAUUCUCUGUGGCAGGUUUACAAGAAAGCUACUGCUUGAUUCUCAGUCCAUCAUAAAAAGGUGACUGAAACAAAUAUAAUGAAAAACUAGACUCUAAUCUAUCCUCUACGUUUUUAUUUCCACAUUGGGAUGAGGUAUGAUGUCUUAUCUCAGUUAAUUCCUCUUUAAGUGAGAUUUUGGUCUUCUUAAUAUACUCAGCUCAUUAUGUAUUUUCUUUCUAAAUUUUUCUCUAGCAUUUUGUUCAAUUAAGUGGUUACACAGUUUUCACCACAUUUGUUUAACCUUAUUUGAUCAACGUUUGCAAGGUGGCCAGUAUUAAUAGUUGAGGAUUUAUUUGAAGUCCUUUUUCUUCUACUGCAGAAAAUUACAGAUAAGAAAUGGAAAAUAGUAUAGUUUGCCUUUUGACUUUUCUGUUACACAAUAUUCUGCAAGUUUUAGUGAUCCAGAUUCUUGACAGUUAAGUUGAGAAGGAAAAUUAGAAAAAAAAAAUAAAUAAAUGAAUAAAUAGAAAUAAAAUAAAAACACCAACCAGUCCAAGAAUAGUCACAAGAUAUGCGUCAUGUGAGUGUUGAACUGUAACUCCUCUAUACGUCUUCCUUCAACUUUUCCUGUGUUUGAUUUUUAGAGUAUGUUUCAUUGCAUUAUUGUUAAGUUUUAUUUUCCUACACAAGAUGUUUGACAUAUAUUUUGUUAUAUGUAUUUCAAAGUAAAAUGUUUAACAUUUAUUCUUAUUUUAAGGGAUAUUGUAUGAAGAGAAAACAUGGCCACAUAAACUGAAAUAUGUAAAAAAUACAAAGCAAUCUUCCAUACUGCACAUAGUGCAAAAUAUUUCCAAGUGGCUUCUCUACAUCUCAUGGCAAUGUAGUUUCCUAAGUGUACAUUUACCUUGUCUUUCAUGUGAGCCUCUGCCUUGGUGAUCAUUCAUAUUUCUUCUCUACUGGUAAUGCUUAUGCAGCCUCUGCCAUCAUAUUAACAUAUUAUCUCUCCCUGCUUGUAUAAAUAUAUAAUAGUCUCUUUCCAGCUUUUGUCACAAACUGGUGAAUGUUUGUUGAAUGGUGCUCUAAUUUACAUUAUCUUGUAAUGUAUGCAAAUCCCUGAAUAAAUGUUACCUCUUUUAUUUUA